CAGCUGCACGGCGCUUAUUUAGAUAGUUUAGUAACCAGAAAUCCCCCGGGAGUCAAACCGUGUUAUUUCACACAUAUGGACGACGACGAGUGAAGCGUCUGAGAAACAUGGACGCGACUUUGGAGUACAGUUUUCACGACCUGUUGGAGGCUUAAAAGCGGGUUCCGGUGGCGAUAUUUUUUCUGUCAGGAAGUUUGACGUACUCGGUUGAAGAUUGUUUCUUACUUUGUUUUGGUGUGGAGGAAAGUUGUGGACUGCUGUUAGCUGAACAACCGCACGACUUCUCUGUGACUCUGCGGAAAGACUGCGUUUGUUUAUAUUAAAGUCGCUGUGGAUUUCGUGUGAAUACUCCAGGAACUGUAAUCUAGGAGUCCGACACUCUGCGAAGUCCAAACAUCGAUGGAGUUUAUCCAGCUUUGCUUCUUUUGAUCAGAUAAAGCGAGUUUAUGUGUAUACGUAAAGUAUACAUGUAGCAUUUUUCUCUGCUAGUGUCAUUCCAGUCCGUUUUUGCUAAGUUUGAACUCCAUCAUGACUGAAUCAAAUCCUCUUUGUGCAGUUUUUAUGGGCCUUUAUGAAUUCCUAUAUGGUUAUGUUUAUGACCAUAUUCGAUGCAGUUAUAUGCAAAAGUAAAGAUUGCUGCUGCCUAGAUAAUUUUGGACUCCAACCUGGCAACACAGAGAAGGAAAAUCUGCAAACUUAGCAGGAAGACAGGCUAUCAAAAUCACGGAAAUCGUUCGGUCUUUUCCUCUGGCGGAGCUGUUACUCAGAAAUGGAUUUCAUACAGGCCACACGGUUAUUGUUACACCUUGUUAGGUAGUUUUUGGUUCCUAUUUUAUGGGAUACAGCUCCCCGGACUGCAAGCCCGAAAGCGUUGAUGUCGUGUGUGACCAAAAAUGUUUUGGAAAUUUAAGUUUUCCAAAGAUCCGAGGCUGCAGCGCAGCAGCAGUUUGUCUGCGGGCCACAGCUGGAGCAGCCUGAUGUAGGAUUGUUUUCCAUCGGAACAUUUUCUCUGUAAAACUCACAGCUGUCUGAUGUUUUUGUUUUUACAACCUGGAAAUUAUCCGUUUGUGUGAGUGCGUUCAUUUUCCGUUCAAGAAGAGGAGUUACCUGAGGGGGGGUCAGCCCCGCCAUGGCGCCCCAACCCUCACACUCACUCCCCGGUGUGUCGGUCUGACUGAGGGCACCGAUGGAUAUGAGCACCGGCUGGACCUACUGCGUCAUCCCGAGCUCGAGACACCGGUGACCGACAGUCGGCUGCGCGCGGAACAAGCUCGGUCUUGUCCUGACGAGGGUCGUCAAGGCGACAGGCUGGGGGUUGGUUUCUGAAGACUGGUUUGUUGACCACAUAUGCAAGCAUCGCCACAAUGAAUGAGAGGCAGGCUCUCCACUCUAUAAUGAAGGACCUGGUUGCCCUCCAGAUGACGCGGCGCCAGCCUGUGCUGUCGUAUGACAGCGGAAAACCCAAGACACCGGCCCAAGCCAACAGACAGGACGACAUCAGGAUAAAGUUUGAGUUCUCAGGAGAGCGGAGGAUCUUGAUGUUUGGACGCCCGGUGCAGUUCGAGGAAAUCCAGCAGAAAGUCAAGACAGUAUUUGGCCAGCAACUCGACCUGCAUUAUAUGAAUAAUGAGUUGUCCAUCCCUCUGCGAGAUCAGGAUGACCUGGACAAGGCGAUCGACCUGCUGGACCGAAGCUCCAACAUGAAGAGCAUCAGGAUCCUGCUGCUCACUCAGGAGCACAGCAAUGCCUCCUCUCCCUCCCACCAUGCCGUAAGUAAGCAGGUGAGGAUCAAGUCCUCCCCCACCGGAGAUGUGAGCACAGUGUAUCAAUCCUCCGAGCCCAGGGGGCGCCACCUGUCAACUGGUUCUCAGAACACGGGGCGUAGCUCACCGCCUCCUGGUUAUGUGCCUGAACGCCAGCAGAGGAUCGCCCGCCAAGGCUCAUACACCAGCAUAAACGAGGGGGAGUUCAUCCCUGAGACCAGCGAUCAGUGUGUGCUGGAUCCCUGGAGCAGUGCAGAAAACUCUGUCUCUGGAAGCUGUCAGUCUCUGGACAGUAACUCAGACAGCCCCUCAAUGAGGAAGUCUCGCAUGCACAGAGCCAAGAGUUACCCUGAUAAUCGUCAGGAGUUCUCCGACAGGGAGAAUCAUGUGUAUGACAGGGUAGCAGGGAAAGGAGGCACCUUUCCUCGCAGGUACCACGUCUCCCUGCAUCAUAAGGACCACAGUGAAGGCCGUCGGACGUUCCCGCGUAUCCGUCGCCCCCAGGGGAACCUGUUCACUCUGGUGCCAUCACGCCGGUCGCUCAAUGGCAGCGAGGAGAGUUUGGGUAGCUGGCAGCUGGUCGACGCUCAGGGCAGGCUCCGUCCCCAAGAUCGCUCUGUGGCGCAUAAGUCGCCCAGUGCUCCAAUGACGUGGCGGCGGGGAAAGCUUCUGGGCCAGGGAGCGUUUGGUCGUGUUUACCUGUGUUACGACGUGGAUACUGGGAGGGAGUUGGCCGCCAAGCAGGUCCAGUUUGAUCCCGAAAGUCCUGAGACCAGCAAGGAGGUCAGCGCUUUGGAGUGCGAAAUCCAGUUAUUGAAAAAUCUGCACCAUGAGCGCAUUGUUCAGUACUAUGGCUGUUUGAGGGACCACAAUGAGAAGACCCUCACUAUUUUCAUGGAGUACAUGCCCGGGGGUUCAGUCAAAGACCAGCUGAAGGCCUAUGGGGCGCUGACCGAAAACGUGACCCGGAAAUACACGAGGCAAAUCCUGGAGGGCAUGACUUAUCUGCACAGCAACAUGAUCGUACACCGGGACAUCAAAGGUGCCAACAUCCUGCGGGAUUCAGCGGGCAACGUGAAGCUCGGAGAUUUUGGCGCCAGCAAGAGGCUGCAGACCAUCUGCAUGUCUGGCACCGGCAUCCGCUCUGUGACCGGCACCCCCUACUGGAUGAGCCCAGAGGUGAUCAGUGGAGAGGGCUACGGCAGGAAGGCUGAUGUCUGGAGCCUUGGUUGUACGGUGGUAGAGAUGCUGACAGAAAAGCCUCCUUGGGCUGAGUACGAGGCCAUGGCAGCCAUAUUCAAGAUCGCCACCCAGCCCACCAACCCUCUGCUGCCCCUGCACACCUCCGACCAGGCGCGGGACUUCAUAAGCUGCAUUUUUGUGGAGGCCAAACACAGGCCCAGUGCUGAGGAGCUGCUCAGACAUCCCUUCUCACAGAUUCUGUGCUGAAACCUGCUUGGUUUCUGAACUUUAACCACAGAUUAUAGCCUCAGCAGUAUCUGCAGCUUCCUUGAAAGCCAUUCAAAGCAGAAAUCCGGAUGUGGAACUUGUCUAGAAGUCAGUGUUAAACCCACCGAGCCUCUGCCCUCCCACCCAAAACCAAAUGACAGACAGUUUGACGACAGCACUCAUCAAUGCCUUGAAAACCAAUGCCAGUACAUGCUCUUACAAGAGUUACCACCAGGGGGAAACAAAACAUCAAGUAUCUGGUGAGCUGCAGAUGUAAACGCACGCACUCCACAUGAUGCACCCCAAAGGCUGCAUCAUUCAUGUCAUGCAAUCUUCAUUAACUAUCCUCUGAUGUGUUUACAUUCACAUGUUGGGCAGUUUUAAAAAAUGCCAGAAAGCCUUACAGUGUUUGAAAUUUAAACAUUUAGCUUGGCACCAUUUUAAAGCUACAGGACACAACAGUGUUCAUUGGUUAGUUUUCUCAUUUCUGUCUCAUCUCUGUCUGGUUUUAAACAAAGAAAAAUUCAUUAUACUAGAACUCUUUUAAAAGCUCUUCAAGCUAUUUGCUAUGCACUUUGCAUUUCCGAUUAAGUUCAGAUUGGAUGAGACACAGAUGAAGCGAUGUCACGUGAAGAUACAUGUGUACAGUAUUUACCAUGUUGUUUAAUAUUAACAGACUAAAGCAUGUUACAUUUCAGACAUAUUUUAACAUAGUUUAGCAGUCUUACAGCUAGAAAUUACUCAGACCAAAAUGCACACAUUUCUCCACUGAUAGCGCCUCCAGUAAACAAUGAUGCACGGCAGCUGAUUGCCCCAGUUUGUGCCUCUUAUGUGUUUCUGUUACACUGAAGUCACAAGAAUCUGUUUCUCUGCAUAUAAUAAUUAAUUGAUUUAAUAAGUUAAUAAUUAAUUGAUCUUUCUUUAACAGUGCAUAGUGAUGUUCUGUCCACCUGAAUGAAAAUUAAAUCUGUUGAAUAACACAAAAUAUUUUUUCUCUCAAGUUGCAAUUACAGACAAACAUAACUGAGGACAAAAAAUGAAAAAGGGGUUAUCAUAUAAAUCAAGCAAAGACAUAUGCCAUUUAAGACUGCGGCCUUUUUAUCAAAUUUUAUUUCCAAUUAGCAUUCCGGUGUCCAACAAUUAUGAAAAUAAGAUAAUCAACAUAAAAGGAUUGUGUGCCGCGUUCUGUUUUGCAAUGACGCUCUCUGUUUGUCUUGUCCCAUAAAUCCAUUGCACCUGUUUUCUUGACAGCAUUGUGCUUUUACCUCUCCCUAAAAGCUCAACCAUUUCCUCAUGCUCGAAUAUAUUCGAGCCUGUUUGUCAGAUGAAUUAAAUUUCCAAAGUCAAUAUGUAUGCAAUAUGCAGCCUUACCAUCAUUAUUUGGAUAUGGAAACUUGGAAAAUUGGUCAAAAAUAAUAUAGGGAUACAUCUCAUCUACUCUACUUGAGUAUAGAAUACAGAUAUAACUUGAGAUAUAGUUUAAAUCUUUUUUUUUCUUUUCAAGUCUAAGCUCAAUGACUGACUGUGUUUUUUAAAGAUGUAUUUUACAGAGAAACAUGUGCAUAGCUCUGUGAAUUGUGAUUACAGCACAUGAAGGGCACAAACUGGAACUGUACAGCUAUAAUACCAGAUUUAAGUCACAGAUAUGGUCUUUGCUCUCGCCCUGCCAUCAUUAUUACUGUUGCUGUUUCUAAACCUGGAAAUUUAGCCAUUUGAGUCUGAGGCUGCCAAAGUGCAGAAUUCAAGUCCAAAUUAUGAGAAUCAGAGUCUGUCAGUACAAUGUACCAAAUAAUCUGUUCAUUUAAGUAUUAAGGAUGACGUGGAGAUUGUUUUUGUUUGUUUUUUUUUAAAUGGACUCUUCCCAGUGUUAUUCUUCCGUUCCCCUCAGUGUGUCUUACCCAUCUACCUGCCAUCUUCCUCUUGUAGCUCUUCAGUAUCACAUGUUCUCAGCCGACUAAGUGCCAAAAAGGGGCAGGUAAAAUAUGCUAUAGUGUUGCUAUCAGUUACAUGUGAAAGUGAAGCAGAGCUUCUAUGGUUUAAAAAUAGAAACUUGAGGCCUUAAUUUGGAAGUGAUUUCUGUUGCCUAAGAUCUUACUGUUCCUGUGUGUCUGGCCAAACAUCCCUGACUGAGAAACCUUAGCUUAAGGAUCAAUUUGAAAUCAGAUGCACUUUUAUAUUAAAUGAAUGUGGCAAGUUUUUGUUCUUUACCAAAUUUGAUUUGAUUUUUUUUUUUUUUUUACUUCAAAUGUGAAAAUUGUUUCUUUUUUAUUUAUAUCCCCAUGUCCAUCCCAAUUAGAUUUUUAUAAGCAAAUAUAUAUGUAUAAAUAUAUUUUUUAUAUUUAGACUGUGUCAAAUCUGAUGAUACUUUCAGGACUUUGUGUCGUUAAAAGUAAAUCAUUGAAAGCAGCUGGUUUUGCAGACAUUACAGAUUUGGGGUUUAUAAAUGAAAAAUGGGUGGAAAACGAACUCUGGCUGCCUGGUUCUUGUUCCAGCUCCAAAAAAAAUACUUUCCACACAUCCUUAGCUAUACAUUUAGAUGACAGUGUUACCUGACGGGUUACGGAAACUUUGCAUCAUUUGCUCAUUCUGCUUUGACACAUCAAUGAGGUCUCAUGAAUGAAACCUUUAAUUGCUGGGAGUAUUUUUUUGUGUGAUCUCAGAAAUGUAAUUUCUGGGUGUGUGUGAGCCAAAGACGAGCAGGAUCAGAGCCAGUGCUGGAUUUUAGAGUUCGCUUCUCAACCCAGACGACGACUUUGUUUAUCCCAGGGUUCAGACGCGUCCAGCAUUGAGUGAUUUUCUGGGCAAAGGGCUUGACGCUGCCUUAAAGCUAACAUGAGACCGUUCUAAGGGGCUGCUACAGGCCAAAGGCAGCUAAAUAUGUUGAAAAUAAUAAUUCUUUUGUAAAGAAAAAGGCAGUGAGAGAAAGAA